AUGGAGUGGAGUUACCUGUUGGAAGUGACCUCGCUGCUGGCCGCCUUCGCGCUGCUGCAGCGCUCCAGCGGCGCGGCGGCCGCCUCCGCCAAGGAGUUGGCGUGCCAGGAGAUCACGGUGCCCCUGUGCAAGGGCAUCGGCUACAACUACACCUACAUGCCCAACCAGUUCAACCACGACACGCAGGACGAGGCUGGCCUGGAGGUGCACCAGUUCUGGCCACUGGUGGAGAUUCAGUGCUCCCCUGACCUCAAGUUCUUCCUGUGCAGCAUGUACACUCCCAUCUGCCUGGAAGACUACAAGAAGCCGCUGCCGCCCUGCCGCUCCGUAUGCGAGCGCGCCAAAGCCGGCUGCGCCCCCCUCAUGCGCCAGUACGGCUUCGCCUGGCCUGACCGCAUGCGCUGCGACCGGCUGCCAGAGCAGGGCAACCCCGACACGCUUUGCAUGGACUACAACCGCACCGACCUCACCACAGUCGCGCCCAGCUCACCGCGCCGCCAUCCUCCGCCGCCGCCGCCGCUGCCUGGAGAGCAGCCGCCCUCCGGCAGCGGCCACAGCCGCUCGCCGGGGGCCAGGCCCCCUGGCGGCGGCUCGACGCCUUGCGAGCCAGGCUGCCAGUGCCGUGCGCCCAUGGUGAGCGUGUCCAGUGAGCGGCACCCACUGUACAACCGCGUUAAGACAGGCCAGAUCGCUAACUGCGCGCUGCCCUGCCAUAAUCCCUUCUUCAGCCAAGACGAGCGCGCCUUCACGGUCUUCUGGAUCGGCUUAUGGUCGGUACUCUGCUUCGUGUCCACCUUCGCCACCGUCUCCACCUUCCUUAUCGACAUGGAGCGUUUCAAGUAUCCCGAGCGGCCCAUCAUCUUCCUUUCCGCCUGCUACCUCUUCGUGUCAGUAGGCUACCUGGUACGCCUAGUGGCGGGCCACGAGAAAGUGGCGUGCAGCGGCGGCGCGCCGGGCCCUGGCGGCGCGGGGGCUGCGGGCAGUGCGGCGGCAGGCGCAGGCGCGGCGGGCGCGGGAGCGGGCACGGGUGGCCCAGGGGGGCGCGGAGAGUAUGAGGAGCUGGGUGCGGUGGAGCAGCACGUGCGCUACGAGACCACGGGCCCGGCUCUGUGUACCGUCGUCUUCCUGCUCGUGUACUUCUUCGGCAUGGCCAGUUCCAUCUGGUGGGUGAUCCUGUCGCUCACGUGGUUCCUGGCGGCCGGCAUGAAGUGGGGCAACGAGGCCAUUGCCGGCUACUCGCAGUACUUCCACCUGGCCGCGUGGCUCGUGCCCAGCGUUAAGUCCAUUGCGGUGCUGGCACUUAGCUCGGUGGACGGCGAUCCCGUGGCGGGCAUCUGCUACGUGGGCAACCAGAGCCUCGACAACCUGCGGGGCUUCGUGCUGGCACCGCUUGUCAUCUACCUCUUUAUAGGCACCAUGUUCCUGUUGGCGGGCUUCGUGUCGCUCUUCCGCAUCCGCUCGGUCAUCAAGCAGCAGGGCGGGCCCACCAAGACGCACAAGCUGGAGAAGCUCAUGAUCCGCCUGGGCCUUUUCACCGUGCUGUACACAGUUCCCGCCGCCGUCGUGGUCGCCUGCCUCUUCUAUGAGCAGCACAACCGUCCCCGCUGGGAGGCCACGCACAAUUGCCCGUGCCUGCGGGACUUGCAGCCUGACCAGGCUCGACGGCCUGAUUACGCCGUCUUCAUGCUCAAGUACUUCAUGUGCCUCGUCGUGGGCAUCACCUCGGGCGUGUGGGUCUGGUCUGGCAAGACGCUCGAAUCGUGGCGCGCCCUGUGCACCCGUUGCUGUUGGGCCAGCAAGGGCGCCGCGGCGGGCGGAAGCGCGGGCGCCGGGGCAGUAGGGGGCGCUGGCGGGUCCGGGGGCGGUGGCACGGGGCCCGGUGGGGGUGGUGGCCCAGGUGGCGGCGGGGGCUCGCUCUACAGCGACGUUAGCACCGGUCUAACGUGGAGGUCUGGCACGGCCAGCUCCGUAUCUUACCCCAAGCAGAUGCCAUUGUCCCAGGUCUGA